AUGCACAGUAAGAAAAUGAAAGUUAACUUUUCCUUUACCGUGCAAUAAACUUUUUUCGGCUCGUUUCACCCUGAUUUUUUGGCACAGUGAAAACGCAAAACAUCAGUUCAGAGACAGGACCAGUAAACACCCAUAAGCCACUUUUCUGUUUUGCAAGUGUUGGUCAAGUCCAACUCAACGUUUCUCUGUUGAAAAUUUUCCAAACUUGUCCUUUUCGUCGUUUCCUCGUUUAGCUUCACUAAUUCCCGUUGAAAAACAACCAUUUUUCAGACACAACAACUCCCCGAAAAAUGUGGUCAUCGCUAGAUUGCAACAACAACCCCGGCAACUACACUCCUGGCAUGAACUGGAGCGGCUUCAAUUACAUGAACAAAGAAGAGGUUUGGGAAACUUUUUGAACGCAUUUAUUCCAAAAAUAUCAUGGGUUUUGUUUUCAGUGGAACUCCAAACAGCUCCUCGACACCAUGAGUGCAAAUGCCAUUUCGUUGUUCGUGAACACGUCGCCAAACUCGUCAACUGCGAGUGAAUUUUCGCCGCCAAUCCGCAAAAAGAAGAAGCCUUGUCCUGUUCCGGCAGAGAAGAAGGAUGAUGUAAGUUGGAGGGGUUAGAGCAAUUCAUAGAAGCGAUGUUUUCUUUUCAUAUCUUGUAGCAUGGCUGGCCGAUAGAUAAAGGAAAGAACGCUUACAGAGUUUCGGAAAAAAGCACUUUCGUGAACUGAUAUAAUGCCAAAAAUUAAAGGAAGCGUCCGCAAAAAUCAGAGAAAAACUGAGCGCCGGACUUUGGGUACCUCUUCUGUGACCUAUUCGCCGUCCCCUAGCGAGCAAAGGAUUAAGAAAAUUGAGGAUAAAGUUAAGAGAAAACCGCAUUUUCUUGCUAUCUCGCUGUAAAUUAUGCCUUCUAAAACAAGAUUUCCUUCUGAAAAACGCGAUCUAAAAAUCUUCCAGUACCCAAACAAACAUAUAUAGGCCUCCAAAAUAAGCUUCGGUUCAAGCUCUUACCCCUCACUUUCAGGCCUAUGUCCAACGUCGCCAAAAGAACAACCUCUCAGCUCAAAAGUCAAGGGAAGAGCGACGAAGGCGGGAGCAAGAAAAGGAUACCCGGAUUAAAGUAAGCAUUUCUCCACAAAUUUUUCUCUUAUAAUAAGGCACUUAUACAAACUCACCCUUUUCAGGAACUCGAGACCCAAUGUGCCUAUCUUUGUCAUCAGAACACACUGCUUCAGGCAGAAUUGGCAAAGAUGCGAAUGGUCCAGCAAUAUAAUUCCAUGCAGUCCACAAACUCCACAAUGAACAGUAGUAUGAACUCGACAGGGGCGUCUGUGGCGCCUUUCGUGGAUCCGUCUUGGUCUUGA